ACUGCCAAGGCUAUGCGAGAACGCGGCCAGGACUGCCCGGCAGGACUCGUGCUGUGUGUAGGACUCUUCGGGCACCCCGGCAUGCUGCACAGGGCCAAGUACAGCCGCUUUCGGAACGAGUCCAUCACGUCUUUGGACGAAGGCAGCCCCGGAGGCUCGGUAGGGAACAAAGGCUCGCCGCAGCCUCCCUACCCCGCCCUGACACCCCACCUGCCUGCGGAAGAUGCCACCUUGCCGUCCCAGGAGAGCCCCACCCCGCUGUGCACCUUGAUCCCUCGCAUGGCGAGCAUGAAGCUGGCCAACCCAGCCACUUUGCUGAGUCUGAAAAACUUUUGCCUGGGUACCAAAGAGGUGCCCCGGCUGAAGCUCCAGGAAAGCCAGGACCCGGCUCCCAGCAGCCCCGCUUCCCCCGAAACCAGUCUAAGUAGGGCCGGGUCUGCACCGCCACAGCAGCCGGACCUGGUGGGGCACAGGGCGACCGCCUUAACUCCCGAUGCUUGCCCGCUUCCCGGCCCUGGAGAGCCAGCCCCCAGGCCCAGGCAGGACAAGCAGUACCUGCAGCACCUGUUGGGGAUGGGCAUGAACUACUGCGUGAGGUACAUGGGCUGUAUUGAAGUGCUGCAGUCAAUGAGGUCACUGGAUUUUGGAAUGAGAACCCAAGUGACAAGGGAAGCAAUAAGUCGCCUGUGUGAAGCUGUUCCUGGGGCAAACGGAGCCAUUAAAAAGCGAAAGCCCCCAGUGAAGUUCCUGUCAACAGUUCUUGGCAAAAGUAAUCUUCAGUUUUCGGGAACGAAUAUAAAACUGACCAUCUCAACAUGCAGCCUCACACUGAUGAAUCUUGACAAUCAACAGAUUAUUGCAAAUCAUCAUAUGCAGUCUAUUUCAUUUGCUUCUGGAGGGGAUCCUGAUACUACAGACUAUGUUGCCUAUGUAGCUAAAGAUCCAGUUAAUCAACGAGCCUGCCACAUACUGGAAUGCCGCAGCGGAAUGGCUCAAGACGUCAUAAGUACCAUAGGGCAGGCUUUUGAACUCCGGUUUAAACAGUACUUGAAAAAUCCUUCUUUGAAUGCUGCUUGUGAAAGUAAGGAGGUGCACAUCGACGGCCCAGCUGAAGAGAGGGACGGUCCUGAGUAUUACAAUGAGAUCCCAGGGAAGCAGCCCCCUGCUGGUGGUGUCUCCGAUGUGCGCGCCAAAGUUCAAGCCACAGAACAAAUGGCUUACUGCCCCAUCCGGUGUGAAAAGUUGUGCUAUUUGCCUGGAAACUCCAAGUGCAGCAGUGUGUACGAGAACUGUUUAGAACAAAGCAGGGCAAUAGGUAACACCCAUGAGCGAGGGGUGCCAUUCCCACGAGAGGCCUCAUUAAUGAAGCACACGUGUCGAGUGGACCUCUUUGACGACCCUUGCUACAUUAACACGCAGGCUCUUCAAAGCACACUUGGCUGUGCCAGAGAUCAGAGCUCAGGUCAGCCACCGGGGAACUCAUGGCAUCGUGGAAAGACACCAGAAACUGUUCAACCAGGUGCCACAGCCCAGCCUGCCAGCUCGCAUUCCUUGCCACACAUUAAGCAGCAGCUGUGGAAUGAAGAGUGUUACCAUGGCAAGCUGAGCAGGAAGGCGGCAGAGAGCCUUUUGGUAAAGGACGGGGACUUUUUGGUUCGAGAGAGUGCAACCUCCCCUGGCCAGUAUGUGCUGAGUGGACUCCAGGGAGGCCAGGCGAAACAUCUGCUCCUGGUGGAUCCUGAAGGCAAGGUGAGGACCAAGGAUCACGUGUUUGAUAAUGUUGGCCACCUUAUCAGAUACCAUAUGGAUAACAGUUUGCCAAUCGUCUCUUCUGGAAGCGAAGUCAGCCUUAAACAACCAGUGAGGAAAGAUAAUACUCCAGGGCUUUUGCAGCCUAAGAAAUGACAAUA